GUGUCUGACCGGGCUGCCUCCCGGUGUGCUACUUUCACUUGGCACAAGCUCCCCUCGCCUGAGCAAGUUCAACAGCUACAGCAAGUUGCGCGGGAGAGCACCCUCACGGCGGACGACCCUUUUGCCUCUCUGGAAGGCUGGCACUGCACAGCUGAAAAGGUGUGCAACGAGGCAGUGCGCCUCGGUCUCGCUUCCUGCGACAGACCUGCUGAACGUCCCAAAGGCUCCGUGCCUUUGUCUCGUUCCGUCGCCUCGGUUUCGUCGGUUUCGUCUUUGAGACCCGGUGAGUCCGUGCUGCUUCGCCGCUGGAAGAGGUUGCACAGGGCUGCUGUCGAAAGGCAAGUUUCCCAUCAUGGCAGCUCUCCGUUGAGUGCUUCGCAGGUUCGGCACUGGACUGUCUUGGUCGGGCAUGCCAACCUUCCUGCCAAUCAGGCUGAGGCCAUCAGCGUCGCUAGUGCUGCUGUGCAGGCCGAAGCCAAGCGGCUCCAAAACGAAAGCUGCAAGCGAUGGAGGCGGCGGUUCUGGACUUCCUCGGCGUCCGCCGUUAAGGGCGGUGCUAAUGCGUGGGACGAAGUCGCCAAUGCUGCUGGUCUCGACCCUGGUCCUAGUGUGUCGGCUUUCCAGCCCCCCUCAGCUGAGCAGCUGAUGCAAGCCAUUGCAACCUGCUCUGGCAGCCCUGGUUUUGACGGCUGGUCUGCCAGCGAGCUCAAAGGCCUCAUGCGCGCUUGUCCCUGUCUCGCCGACGAUCUCGUGAGGAUUUUCGUUUCCCUGCUGAAGGCUCCCCGCUCUGAGCCUGCGCAAAAGUGUCAGAGCCGCUUCUUCUCUUGGCGUGUCGUGGGCAUUCCCAAGAGAUGUGAGGCUGCUACUCGCCCAAUUGCCAUUGCUAGCACUCUCGUUCCGGCAUGGAAUCGGGCCAUGCUUCGUGGUUUUCCCGCGGUCCCGGACGGGCAGUUCUGUGGUGUUUCGGGCUGUAGCACAAUCGAUGCUACCACAGCGUGGCUGCAGACCCCUUGUGUGCGGGGGCCGAGCUCGACUUGCGUAAGGCCUUCGACAGCAUUGACCACGGCAUUGCUUGCGUGUGCCGGUGCUGCGGCGGGCGUCCCUGAGCCUGUUUUAGAGUACUUCAGACACUUGGUCUGGUCGGCCCCGCGCGCCUGCAUGGUCCACGCUGUGCCUCCUCCCAGGGUUGUCGAAGCUUCCUCGGGCCUGCCGGCCGAGGACCCUUGCUCCCCGCACUUCCUGGCUUAUGUCCUUGCUCCCUGGACAAAGCUUAUGGAGACGCUGCCAGGCGUUAAGCCUUUCGCCUAUAUUGGGCCUAUAUGGAUGACAGAUCCCUCACUGACGCGGUUUUUCCUUGCCCAGCAGCUCACCUCUUGGAGUGACCAGCUCGCAGUGUCGAACACUUGGGCCUCUUCUUGCAGCAUGGUCGCCCCGUUCCCCAAGGGCCGCGCCUGCAGCGAGCUUCUUUGUGAGUUUGCCUGUGCUGUGGGUGGGCUACCUGGUAGCAUGGAGACCCGUGAGCAACUCCUGCUGUCUUUGGUGCUCCCAAAGAUCACCUGGGCUAUGCCUCUGCUGCCCCAAGUCCCUGACUCCGUCGUCAAAGCUUUCUUUCUUGCCUGUCGCAGCUCUUGCUCCUGGUGGUGUAAAGGCCGAGUGCGGGCUGACCACAUUACGCUCCACCCGCAGUAUGCGACAGCCAUCAAAUGCCUCACCGCUGCCUCCAGACAGGUCGCUCGCGCUUGUCCGGUGCUCACUGCCGCUGUCAAGCACCACGCUGAUGUUUUGGAGAUGGAGGUUGCUGCAGUCACCUACAUACAGAGAGAGAGCGACAGAGGGAGGGGUCUGACCUACCAGCCGGGGGAGAGCCAGGAAGAAAAACGCAAGAGGAUGCAAGCCGCAAUCAGCAGAGUUCGCAAAGCGGCAGUGGAAGUCGGCAACAAGCCAACGGGGGAACCGCGACUGGCAUGGAUCGCCCUCUCACAGAGCCCUGAACGACGACGCAGAGCCAAGCUGGCAGGCAAAGUCAAGCGCUUGUGGCUAAGCCGGGACCCGCACCGCUUGGAGGUGGAGUUUGGAACGGGGAGCACCUGGAUCAACAAUGUCAAAGCAAGCUCCUCAACAACGGCCAAGCCAUCCUCUGCAGAUGAAACCGGGGUAGGAUUCCUCAAAGUGGCUCCGAAAGCCGUUGGGGGUGCGCCUCUGAGGUGUUUGGGCGCGUUGGCCGUCAUGGCGGGCACGCUCUGGCCAUACUCUCUAUUAAUUAUCCCACUCCCAGUAUUCAUCUACACCAUCCUGUUCCAAUUCGCUCGGAAGUCCAUCCGACAGUUCCAGCAACUGGACAGCGUCUCCCGCAGUCCGAUCCAAUCCCUCUACUCCGAGGCCUUGCAAGGCAUCGUGAGUGUCCGCGCCUUCGCCUCCGAGCUGCGCUACAAGGAGAAGCUGGCAAGCUUCGUGGACAGCAACUCGGCGGCGGUGCUCACUUUCAACACCUCGAGCCGCUGGCUUGGAGUGCACGUGGAGCUCUUGGCUGCGUUGACGGCCGGACUGGUUGGCUUGGGCUGCUGGCUUUUACGUCAAGAGAUUACCGCCGGGCUGGUCGGCUUGUGUUUCAUUUGGACCACGAAUCUCUCGACGUCUCUGGGCUUCAACUGCAUCUUCUCAAGCCAGGCAGAGGCUGUAUUCACUUCCGUGGAGCGAAUGGUCGAAUACACCUCAGAUGUUCCUUGCGAAGGGGCGCAUCAGGGACUGGACAGCUGGCAUAGAACCACAGCUCCAGAAGGCGAAGAGCUGCGGCCCAUGGUCGUUUGGAAUAUCGAUUCUCCACUUCUGAUCUUUGAGAAUGUUGCACUGCGCUACCAGCCAAAGUUGCCGUUGGCAUUGGAUUCGAUUUCGUUCGAAGUAGCUGCAGCCGAGCGGUUUGCUGUUGUCGGGCGCACCGGCUCAGGCAAAUCGACUUUAGCUGUGGCUUUGUUUCGGCUUUCGCCAGUAGAAGGGGGAUCCAUCCGCUUGCACGGAGUGGACCUUGGAUCUCUGCCGCUCGACGUGGCGAGGAAGUCGAUUGGCAUCAUCACGCAAGAUCCUGUCAUCUUCAGUGGCAAUGUGCAAUACAAUCUGGAUCCCUUCGGGGAGUUUGACAAGGCGGAUUGCGCAGAAGCGCUCUUGCAAGCCCAACUGGCAGAAACAGUGGAACUGGAAACCCAGAUAGAACAAGCUGGUGCGAACCUGUCCAUUGGUGAACGCCAGCUUCUGUGCCUUGCGCGCGCUUUGCUUCGCAAGCCGCAGCUCCUUGUGUGCGACGAGGCGACGUCGUCCGUGGACGCGGCGACCGAUGCCCAGGUCCAAUCGUGCCUGCGAAAGGCAGCAGGCGCUGGCACCGCCUUGCUCACUAUCGCACACCGGUUAGCGACCGUUGCAGACUAUGACAAAGUCAUGGUUUUACAAGCGGGGAAGCUAUUGGAGCUGGGAAGUCCGGCGGCUCUGCUCGAGGACUCCGCCUCGGCCUUCUCUUUGUUGGUCGAUUCUCUGGGUCAUGAAGCCACGGCCGUGCGUAGCGCUGCCACAAGAGCAGGCCUCAUUCUUGCCGUGUGCUUGGCCUUUGGCGCGGGCAGCGGUGCAUUGCCUCCGUGGUGGAUCUUGAACAACGUAAAGCCAGAGGGUCAGCCACAAAGCAUGGGAAGCUAUACCGUCAUUACCUUCUCGGAGGCUCAACAGGAGCGCUUUGCCAUUGACUCGCACGGAGAGCCAACCGACAGUGCCAAGUUCAGAGCUGCGCUGAAAGCUCUCAAGGAGGAAAGAAUGCAGGGAAAGCAGAAGACAGAUGUUGCCGAGGCCGCACGGCCGACCGUGACGCCUCGAUUGGUCAUCUGA